AUGUCACGCCCACGCCACCCCACCCCCCUCCAGCUCUGCCCCCACUACUCCCCCCACCACUCUCUCCUCCCCCCACCACGUGUCAGUCCCGUUCUGGAAGUCGACGUGUUCGCGUCGCUCCUGUGCUCCAGUUCGUUGUGCGUAGGAGUGAGUGCCCUCUACCUGGCACCUCCCUCACCUGGUCUUCCACUUCUACCAUCCUUCAUCCACUCCGCUAAAUAG